AUGUCCGUGACGCUGCACACCAACCUAGGUGAUCUGAAGAUCGAGGUCUUUUGUGAAAGUGUUCCCAAAACGGCAGAGAACUUUCUUGCCCUGUGUGCCUCGAACUACUACGAUGGAUCGCCUUUCCACCGACUAAUCCCGGGAUUCAUGGUCCAAACAGGCCAGCCUGCAAACCCAUCCCCACCCGAGAACCCUAAAGGCGGUCGUUCGAUUUGGGGCGGCAACUUUGAAGACGAGAUCCGUCCGGCCUUGCGUCACAACGAGCGCGGUGUCGUUUCAAUGGCGAACAAAGGGCCUGGGACAAACGGAAGCCAAUUUUUUCUCGUAUUCGACAAGGCGCCACAUCUCGAUGGGCUCAACACCGUCUUUGGCAAGACGAUCGGUGACGAAAGCCUACGGACCCUGGCAAAAUUGGAGGCCGUCGAGGUUGAUAAGAAAAACCGACCAAAGGAGAAAGUGGUCAUUGAACGUGUCACCAUUCACGCCAACCCACUUGCUGAAUGA